UUUUUAAAAAAAUCAAUUUACCAAUCACAAACUGUAUUGGGCCACUAAAAAGGUUUUGGUUUGGAGCAACGGGCCACAUAAAGGAAAAAAAACCCUAAUUUAUCAUUAGUCACCACUUCCAUACACUUGUAGUCCGCCAUCGAAUUUUCCCCCGGAGAAGCGAAAGACUAAAGAUGAGCCGAGCAGCAGUAUCAGCAGCGAAAGGCGGGAAGAAGAAGGGAGCAACCUUCGUUAUUGAUUGUUCGAAACCAGUAGAAGAUAGUAUUAUGGAGAUUGCUUCUCUUGAUAAGUUCCUUCAAGAGAGAAUUAAGGUUGGUGGUAAAGCUGGUGCUCUUGGUGAUUCCGUUACUGUUACUCGUGACAAGAAUAAGAUUACCGUCACUUGCAAUUCCGCUUUUUCCAAGAGGUACCUCAAGUACCUUGUCAAAAAAUACUUGAAGAAACACAAUGUCAGGGAUUGGCUUAGGGUGAUUGCUUCCAACAAGGACAGGAAUGUUUAUGAAUUGCGCUACUUCAACAUUGCUGAUAAUGAAGCAGAGGAAGAAGAUUAAAAUGACUUUCAAUGUCUCGCUUUAUCUUCUUCUUUAGGCGACCUCCUUAUUUUGCACCUUAUAUUAUUAUCUGUUUGAGUUGCUAAUGAGCCUUCAUUUCUAGAUUAUUGAUUUUCAUUUCGCUUAUCAGUAAAAGAAAACAUUACUUUGAUGCUUUUGGUUUGUUUUAUCUUUGGGGUCAAGUAUGCAAAAGUCAUAAUUUAGCUGUAACUCCCUUUUCCUCUUAAUAUGUAAUUUAUUGAGUUUA